CUAGUUGUGACUGUGAGCAAGUUUUAUUAAUUUGUGGGAUUAUGUGUUUGCUUUUCUGUUUAUGAGAUUGUAAAUUGUUGUUUUGUUUCUUUUUGAUUUUGAUAUUUACCGUUUAUUGUGCAGCGUCUCGUUGCAGUUCGUAUUUCGUGCCUCUGUUGAUCUGUUGAUAGCACGGACGUGAUAUCUCGCAGCAAUUGCGUACAACUGUGUUUCCUUUAUAACUGCAAACAAUUACGUUAACUUCUUGGGUCAGAACUGAACUGUCAGGUGUACAAGCAAAAUGUUUACAAAAACAUCUCAACUAUGGAACGCCGUGGACGUGGUGGAGAUUCCCGGAGUCGUACGCCGCGGCAUUGUCGUGGACAAAAACGAUUCGGGAUUGCUGGUUGAUUUCGGUGUAAAGAAUGCCAGCCCUGAAUUGGUCCCCUUCAGCGCAGCGUAUCGGUGGUCGGAAAGGAUGCUGGUUCCUCAGCCGUGGCGAAGAUCGACAGCCACAAAGUUGGCGGAGGCAGAAGCGGAGAGUGCAUGGGUGCUGGCCAAAUUGUCGUCUGGUGAACCGUGGAGGUGGUACCAUGGCAGAUUGCUGUUAAUCUCCACGAACGGAUUUGUUGUUGCACAAGUACAGAGUGGCACCAUGGUGGUGGAUGUCUUUCCCUUCUCCCGCGUGCGGUUGUGUUGGCGUGAUAAAUAUACGGUCGGGUACAAUGAUUUUCUUAUAGAGAAAUGUUCCGUUCCGAUGGGUUCGUGCUGGAUUCCGCUUUCCUUGCCCUCUGGAAAAAACGCUUUCCAUUCACGCAUCCCGUUACAGUUACCGGCAAUUCUUUCCAGUUUUUGCAGCUUCGAUAUGAUCGGAAGCAUCGCGAAAACAGCAUCAAAAGGAAUUUCUGUACAGGUAUCCGCACUACGGUUGGGCGUUCCGGCUUCCGACCCAUUAGCGGAGGAUGAAAUAAUAGACUAUGACUUUGGCUUUCAGCGAGCCGCUUGUAACAGGAACGUGCGUUUUCCAAUGAGCGAUCUAACUGUGGAAAUCCUGACGGAGGUGUUCUCCUUGUUGCAUGCAAAGCAGCAGGUUGCUGUACGUCGCACGUGCGCUCUUUGGAGUUCCCUCAUCGCGUUACCUCAGUGCUCCAGACUCGUCGUGAUCAGUAUAUUGCGCUUUGUGAAGUUUGCCGAAAGCCCUUAUGAUCUCGCUGCCUGUAUCUUUCACUCCCUCACACCGGCAACAAAAUAUUGCGUUAUAAUGGGGCGUGCUGCGAACCGGCACAAAAUCGACAGUGCCGUUAAUAUCCUGCUCGAUAUUGCCGACGUCAAGAAUGUGAAAUUGUCCACUCUGGUUUUCGCUCGCAUGAAAUACACAUAUGAAGAUGCUAGCGGAUACGGUGAGGCGAUAUUUGAUCAUAAGACGUUUGAGCUGAGAAAAGAUUUGCAAAACUUGUGCGAUCGGAUAACCUUAAAAAAAUUCGACAUCCCGUGUCUGUUUGCGCGUCACGACGUGUGGUUGAAUGGGCAUAAAGUAUGUCAUAAUCUGAAAAAUGUUUGGGGUGGUGUCCAUGUCCAGCCUGGAGCGAAUUUUGUGAACAUUUUGGAAGAAGCUGCCGUUGAUUUUAAGAGCGAAAAGCAUCGGGUUCUUGUGGAGGAUUUGGCUGAAUGGGUUGGCAAAAGCUACAGGAAAAAUGAUAAGGGGAAGUUGGGCGUUUCACAGUAUUUUCGCAGACACCUAAAGCGCGUAUUUCGAAUGUGGCAGAAGGAUGACGCUCGUUUUGGUGCGGCAACUUCGGGAAUCAAAAUUCUGGCGGCGAACCUGGGCGACAAAGCCAAUCUGUUAACCCUGCGCAAUUGCACCAUCACGGCGCUUCUAUGUUUACAAAACAAAUGGCAGCAGGAGAAUGGCAGCAGCGAACGUGAUAAUGUGGAGAUUGUUGAUGAGCAUGACUUUAUGGUUGUUGAUUAACAGAAGGCAGUUGUAUACCGGCACUAAGCAGUAAGCAGUGGUUGGCGAUGGUGUUGCGAUAACCCCAAACGGGCUACACUAAUGAGAAGGCAAAAAAACUGUAUGGAUUUGUGGCCGUUGGUUGCGGCGGGUUUGUGUUCCUGCAUUCCGUGGCCGGUAUCCCUACGUUGAAAUUUGAAUUUAUCUCAUC